GAGAAACUAAAACAUACCAUUUUUCUUCAUUUUUUUUUGGCUUAUAGACCCACCACCCAAUGCUUUUGGUGGUAGACCACCUCCACCUCAUAUGAUGGGCAGACCUGGGUUUCAUCCUCCUUUUCCUCCUCAUGGAGGGCCUCCACCUCCAGGUUUCAGACCUCCACCUCCAGGAUUUAGACCUCCUCCACCCGGUAUGAUGCCUCCCCCACCUCCAGGAGCCCAGCCAGGUCCUCCUCCUCCACCAGGUGCAUCGCCUAUGUCUGGAUCUUCACUACCGCCGCCACCAGGAUCAUCUGCAUCACCUUCUUCCUCCUCACCAGCACCUGGUGGCGGACAACAACAACAACAACAACAACAAAGACCUCCACCACCGGGUAUGUUCAAUGGAAUGCCUCCUCCACCCAACUUUUAUCAAAAUGGACCUCCUCCACCUCGUCCUGGUAUGCCCGGAAUGCCUCCUCCACCACCUUCCCCUUCUUCAGCAUCUUCAUCCACACCAUCUUCUCAGCCUUACCCAGCCACCAGACGUGAAAGUUCUUAUUAAUUUCUCUCUUUUUCUUUCUCUCAUCCUCUUUCGCCCCUUCCGAUCCUUUACAUAAACACAGCUCC